UGGCAAGCCAGUAGCAGUUGCUUAUUGCGUUGGAAUCUGUUUGGCUUCGUCUUCCAUUUUAGAUUGGAGAGAGAGAUAUAUAGAGAGAGAGAAUGAAAAAAGAAUGCCGCAAUAGGAGGGAAUGGAAUCUGUACGUUGAGUCUGAUCCCUCCACAAAGAAAGUCGUCGUGUUCACGACUACAUGGAGUGCACCCUGCCGCUUCAUGGAACCUUAUCUGAAUCGUAUGGUCAGGAAACGGCCAGACCUUACCUUUGUCUUCGGAGAUGCCGAUAACCUAGAGUUCAUCGCUGAAAAGGAAGUUUUUGAACUGCCAACCAUCCUAUUCAUGAAAGAUGGCCAGACUGUGUAUCACUUCUCGGGGGCAGAUGAUGGAGAACUGGAGCAAAUGUUUAACAAUUUUUAAUGCCUUGUUUAUCUUACGUCUGAGGAUGCCCGUUUGAUCUAAUUAAUUAUAGAUACACUUUAAUUUGAAUAUGAUUAUAUUUAUUUAGAUUGUUGUUAUUUAAUCCAUGAAAUGGGCUACCUAGUUCUGGUUGUUACUAA